UCUCGUUAGAAGGUAGAAAGUAGAAACUGAUGGAUUGUGAGUUUCGCGCCCUCGAAAACCCUAGAAAGUGGAGGUUUACAUGGGAAACCCAAGCUCACAUCCCAAUCCUUCGGUUGUUUCUUUUCAAUCCGAACAUCAAACCUGUAAGUCAAUGCCAGAAUUUGAAGGUCUCUUUGAACUUCGAGGACUUUAUGCUUCAGGUUGGCUGGAUUGAAGGGAUCAAUGAUGGAAUUCUCAAUUUAUCACUUACGGUUCCCGUACCCAGGGUUUUGGUUGAUUUGGACUCUUCCGUAGAUUUUAGAGCGACGGAGGAUCACAUUGAGGUUAAGCUUGCUCUGCUUCUUCCAGUUGAUCAUCCGAUCGUUACGAGCCUCAUUUCUGCACAGGAUUUUCCCGACGAGGGUUUUGUUAAUGAAAGUGGGCUUUUGGAUAGAUUGCAGCCUCUUUCAGUGGAUUCUGAUAUAAAGAACCUAUCUUCUUGUGGAGGGGUGUAUUUCUACUGCAAGAAUUGCUCAACUCAGUUGACAGUGAGGCCUCUGAGAUUUUUUGUGGAAAUGCCAUCGGUUAAUUGGAGAGAGGUAGCUGAUAACUGGUUUGGAGCCUGCUGCUGUUCGUUUGGAGGUGCAAGUGAGAAGAUGGUAACUAAGUAUGCCAAUUCAUAUGAUUGUGCAGAAGGUACUUGCCUAGUAGAUGCAGCAUCUGUUGUUGUCUGCGAGAGUGACCUUGCUGGAUUACCGUUCCAUAAGUUAAAACAUGGCUCAGAACCUGAUCUUAUUGGUGAAGUUGAUCGUGCUGAAGCUCUGACAGAUUCUUGCAGUAUUGAUUGUCAAAGUGACCAGACAUCUGAUAUCAAUGAGAGAUUAUUCUGCAUGUCGCUUGUGAACAAAAAUUGUUCUGCAAACAUUGAAGGUGGCCAUGCUGAAAAGAAAAAGGACUCUAGUGCUUUACUUGGCACAUCUCCUACAAUGUCAGAUGGAUAUGUGACAUCAGCAGAUGAACUUUCUGCCAAGAAUCUUGGUUGUUAUGAGCAUGAAGGCUGCUCACAUAAUGCAUCUGUAAUAUGUUCUAAGUUUGAAGCACAAGAGUCUAGAGAACAUAUUGGACAUCUAGUAAAUCAAAUGCCACUUCUGAAUGGAUAUCUUGGAAGUGGUUUUAUGGUCAGAUCCUCCAAUAUCUCAAAAGAUGUUAAGUGGAUUGAAUUUCUGUGUACUCAGUGCUCAUCUCUCCUUGGAGCUUACCCAUGUGCUAGUAACAAUGACGUGCCACUAGAUGGUGGCAUCCGGCUAUUUAAAUGUUACAUUUCCACUGGUUUGCCAGUUGGUGGAUCAGGCGACGUAUUUAGGAAGCACACUCUGCAAGGCAUGCUUGUCAAUCAGCUAUUGGAAAGUGCAAUGGAUGAAUUAUCAUUCCGAACAUUGGUCAGGGAUCUGAGUUCCAAAUUACCUGUUCUAUGUAUUGUCCUCCUAAAUCCUGAUGCUUGGUGUUGCACUGGACAUUGUUUAGAAAUGGAAGGGACUGUUGGACCUGUUUCAAAAAUAUAUCUGCACCCUGUUGUUAAGGUGUUAUUUUCUGAAUGCAGUGAUCCUUCAGAAGUCCAAACAAGGAUGAUGGAGGAGUGGGCAACAAAGAAUCAGACAGACGAGGUACACAUGAUAGCACAUCAAAUAAAAGAAUUGGUUAAAUUCCUCAAGUCGGCUCAGGAUAGAUUUCCACCUUCAUGUUCUUCUCUACAGGGGUUGUGUUUAGCAUGUCUGGACAGAUAAUAAAUAGCUCGUGCUCAGAUCCUUGAAAAUAACAUUUUUCUCAUUACCAGAAAUCCCCACAAGAACAUUUUCCAUUCUUGAAAUGGUGGAACCUGAUGCG